UCAAAUCGGUUGUCAAUGGUAACCGAACUAGCAGCGCGGUCUCGUGUAGCUCCACCCAAUUCUCGUUUCAUCCCUUUCAACAAACAUCGAACCGCAAAGCUGAAGAUGGCGGAACAAAACACAGAAAAGGGAAUGGCUAUAUUUUUGGAUGUAUUUCGUCGAGCAGAUAGAAAUGACGAUGGUGCAAUAUCUUGGACUGAAUUCCUUGGAUUUUUUGCUGAUGGUGUUAUGGGGAAAGAAGAACUCAAAGCUUUGUUUGAUGAAAUUGAUACACAUAAUACCAAUAAUAUUGAUACGGAGGAGCUCUGUGCUUACUUCUCUUUACAUCUUGGAGCAUUUAAAGAUAUUUAUGCUGUACUUGAUGACCUCAACUCCAAUAUGACCAGUGUCUUAUUUUCUACCUCUCAAACAUACAAAGACUCAUCUCGGAAAGAACAGUUUGUGACCAGAUUUUUACUGCAUGAGAUUCUGAAUCAGUUUACUGCUGUUCAACGAGCAAUGGAGAAUGCUUCUGAUGCUUUAGACGAACAAGCUAGAGAGCAAAAUGAAGAUAUUGUUCCAGUCAUGAUGGACACUCCUUCAAAGGUAGUAAAUGCAGCUAUUGUCCCUGGCCGUGUAGCCAGAAGAGCAAGGCGCCAGAUGUCAAUGCCAAAUCCCACAUCUAGCAGCAAUGUAACUGAGACAGAAUUUGGUGGAAACGUUUCACAGACUACUCUAUCAACACAACUGUAUCGACUGUCAAGUCUGGUUGACAGACUGGAGAACAGAAUCAAUUUCGAUGGGUUUGUUGAUGAAGAGGUGGAUGUGCAGGAUGAUGGUGAGAUAAUCCUUCUGCAGAGAAAUUUCAUUAUAAAAUUGGAUUCCAAGGAAACUUUUAAAAACAAAAUGCGAAACUAUAUUGAAGCCCUCCAUAAAAUAUCUGGUUGUUUAAACUCCAGUGUACGUAGUUUCAAAAACAGUGGCAAGUUAACCCUUUAUGAAGUUUGGAGUUCUGAGUUCCAGCAAGCAAGGUUUGCUGAGAGCAGUGAAUGGAAAACUUUUGAGGAACAAAUUUCUGAGAUGUUGGAUGACGAAAUUGAAGUCAAGACAAUGAAUAUUCCAGACAAUGGUGUAUGCCUGACAAAAAAAACACAACAAAAAAUCAAUGAAAAUUACCGCAUUGGUGGCAGAAAAGUUUCUGAAGUGAUCGACCCACAUAUUUUGACCCUGGCAGCCAAUCUUUGACUCUGGUUAGCUAGCUAGUAGCUAGCUUAUUGUAAUUUGUAUUGUAAAGAAAUAGAAAAAAAACCCCCAAAAAAAC